AUGGCGCUCAUAAUACGAUCGUUUGCUGCAAUAUGGAGAACUUCGAUCCUCUCGGUACCUCUCAGUACACACACUGGCGAUUCGAUUGUUGUUGCACCAUCUCAAACUCUUCCGGACGACGAAUACCACAUGCUUCGCAGCGCUACUAUCAAGGUCAUCAGGGAUCUCGGUGUUGUCGGCGAGUGUAACAUUCAGUAUGCACUUAACCCCAAUUCCAAGGAAUACUGUGUCAUGGAGGUUAAUGCUCGCGCACCUGUUCCAGCGAAUGCGUACAAAUAUGAUGUCGGCAUACUUGCGCAACAGAGUGUCUAUGUUCCCGGGGCUAUGAUCGACAAGUGUGGAGGCGCUGGUGGGAAACUUGCAAAGGGCGGAAAGCGCACCACCGUGCUCCGUAAGGGUGGUGGAAAGGUCUGGGAAGAUCAGACUCUUCUAGAAUGGAAUCCAUGUAAGGGUGCCACUUCGUCAACACACAAGUUGUUGCCAGUAUGGCCACAGGAGUUAGGGCUGGCCACCGUGGGCCGUAUUACGGGCAUGUAG